AUGAACAUUAUUUUUUUGAGUUUCUUGCUGAUUUUUUUAUUUCAAAUUAAAAUAUUAAAGGGGAAAAAUGACGAAUUGGCGAAAAUAGGUAGACAGUUUUUGAUUGAAAUAUGUAAGAAUUUCCAUACAAGCAAAAACUCAGAAGAUUUGGUGAGCUGCUACGAAUCCUCUAUAUAUUUUUGUGAAUAUCUUUGGGUUGUAGCAUACAUAAUUAAUGAAAAAAAGUCUUUUAAAACCCAAAUGGUUUUACCUAAAGGAAUAAUUGAUAAUAAAUAUUGUGUAGAAAUUAAUUCUCAGCAAUGUAUAACAAUGGCUAAUUUCUUAAUUAAUGAAAAUUCGAUUUCUGUGGAAUAUGGUUUAAUUAACACCAUGGUCAGUCCAGUAAUUGAACAAUGUAAUUUGAAAAAUAAUAAUUUAUUAUUUAGUUUAAAUACAUUAUGGAUGGGAAAUUUGAAUAGGAUUUCAGAUCUUAACCAAGGUGUUAUGCUAGGAAGGGGUUACCAAGAAUUAGUACAAUUUAGUGACCCUUUUCUCGAUUUAUCAUCUAUAAUUUGCCACGAUGUGAAAAUGUUUCUAUUUACUGAAAAAUACAGAAUGAAGCUUAUAAUCAUAAUUAGAGAUCUUAUAAAAUACAAUAAGAACUUAUCUCUGAUAAUUCAAGAUGCUAUUUAUGUUAGAAUACCACUAAAAUAUGACCAAGAGUUGGACUUGAGUUGGCUCUAUUGCCAAAAUUUGCCCAAUUAUUUAAGUAAAUUGGACGGACUAGUGGAUCAAAUUAAGCUAGAUUUACGUGGUAAAAGUGUAAUAAUUAAAAAGGAUAUAAUCAAAAAAUGUGUACUAGAAAAUAACAAUGGAGAAGCAAAAAUAAUUACGUGGAAGAUUGUAAACUAA